AUGAGCAUCUCGGAGAAGAAGAAGCAUGGCGCCAAGCCGGUGAAAUUCCCUCCUCAGGUUUUUUCUACUUGGUCUAAAAUUCUCGAUGAUUAUGUGGACAGAGGACGCAUUGGCCAAGAUCACCCUGCCGUAAUCGCGCUGAAUAAGCUCGUUAAGAAUCGCGACUCGUCUUGGGAGAAUCAGGCCGCCUGUUUAAAGCAAGUCGCCAAAUCGUUGCAGUCAUGUACUUCAGCAAACGAGGUGCCCGAAACCGAUCGCGAUUUUAUCAUUCACGUCGUCCAGCCCAUUGUUUCCUUGGGAUAUUUCGCUGCCGCUGAAAAUGUCUCCCGUCGUCAUUUCGUGCCGCUGAUCAAUAUUAUUUCAAAGUACGGGAACGAUACCGUUUUACAGCAUUAUUAUACACGAUAUAUCGCUUUGGCACAGUCCCUCCAAGAAUUCGCAGAACAUUCGUUGGCCCAGAAAGCAUUGACCAUUUAUGCUACGCUAGACUUUGAUAUUGGAAAGCAGCUCAUCAUGCAAAACUUCAAAGCAACGCUUCAAUUUUUGGUCCGAGGCCUGCAGAGUUCUUGUCAACAAUUACACAAUGCGAGAACCGAUACGGAAACCAUGCUGACUUCCACGACGAUCGAUCAGUUGAUGAACGAUAUUCAGUACUUGGCAAAGACGCUGUUGGCCCUCUUAUCGCGUAGCCAUGAAAUGACACAAACAAUGUUUGCAAAAUUCACGCUCACAUAUACGGAGGAUGAUGAGGACGUGAAAUUGUUGGUAGCCAUGGUCCGGAUCUUACUGGAUAUUUGCAGCCAUACAGGAACCUACGUCAAAGAAUGUUGCCAAGUAGCGGGCAUGGCUUUGGGAUCCGUGAUCAAUGCUGUUCAGGACGACAGAUUUGCUCGUGAUUGGGCGCUGGGAUGGUUCUUUGCACAAGGUGUCAGUUCGCUUCCCGCCUGUGUUCAUCUUCGCCAGGUUUUCGGACUCACCCCACCUUCAGCAUUGGUCGGCAUGAAGGGAUGGCAAGAUCGUGAUGUUCCAAUGCUCGCGAUCUUCCGAGGUAUCCUCUCUGGCCUUCGCAGAGAGGUGUUACUCUCGUCGGACCUGCCGGAAGAGUUCCGUCCUGUCUCUUGGUUGGAAACCGUUCCCAAGAGUUUGUACGAAGCCAUCUUCAUUAGCCUUGAUCUGAUUUGCUCUCGUUCGGAUUUGGAAGCGCAAACCAAAGUGAUGGCAUUUGAAUCUUUGGGCAUGUGGUUAUUGGAGACGACCACGAUCCUUUCCAAUUCAAAGGGAAACACCGACGUCAUGAACCAAGUAUCUGACGUGCUCACUAUUGACAACGUGGGUCAAAUGAUUCAUUACGUGUGGGAUCACUGGGAUGAUCCUAUUGAUGCUAUUCAGCACAAGGUGCGAACUAUUUUCGAAUUAACGCUACAAACGUUGGAGAUCAAGGCAGAUUUCUAUAAAGAGCAGAAAGAAUAUGAUGCAUUCUUAUCGGGCUUGUUAAAAAACCUUAUGAUGAUGGAUUGGCACCGCAAGGUGAAAUAUGCCUUGUUGAAUAUUUUGGUACCGAAAAUCGGCACGGAUGCAUUUUUGCAAGCCGAGCCGGAUCUUAUUUGGAAAUGCUUAUGCGCGAUGGACAGCCUGGUCCUGUCGCCUCAGAUCACAUCGCUUAUUCUGACUUUUCUGUAUCGUCGAGUGGAAGAGACGAUUCCCGGAUACAAGGGCUCCAAGUUCCACAACACAAAACUCAAGGCAAAAGAUGCUUCAUCUCAAUUGGCCAUUGGGCAGUGGAUUGAUUUAUGGGUGAUGCCUGCAUUGAGAUGCUUGACCUCAACGUCUGAGGUGUUGCGACGAAAUGCCAGCGGAUUUAUUCUCCAACCGCUAUUCAAGUUAUGCCCUGAAUCAUUUUGGCGUAUGAUGAGCAUUUUACAGAAACCGGAUCAUGAGCAAUGGGCAGUCUUGGAUCGACACUUUCUUCUUCACGCUUUCAUUACUAUCCUCAAAGUAGGAAGAAGUCUUGAGAUCGUGGAUGGCAGUGGUUAUGUAUUGGGCGGUGCUUCAGACGAUACUCACAAAAUCUCCAUCGACACGCUGAAACUCGCGAUUUACCAUGCCGAUCCCCAAGUGCGUAUUGAUGUGUUUGGACUCUUGUGUGAGUCUGGCAAAGUCGCUUCCGGCGUCACCGAGGUGGAGCUGGAAAUGUUGAAGCUCUUUUUACCGCUGAAUAUGAAUUGUACAUCGCCCGAAUUCCGUCAAAAACUCGCGGCUCAUUUAACAAAGAUCUUUACUCGACUACGAGCCAAUUUGUAUGCGCAAUACCGCACAUUGAAAUCACGAAAAUCGUAUAUCGAAAAGAAAGCAGAUACCAUCACCGAUAAAGAUAGACAAUAUGCCCUCAACGAAAUUGGAGAUAUUCAACAAUCGAUCGAUCAGGCUAAAAGUUUUCUAUUCUGGCUGAUGGAUCACGUAGCCAUGUCGCUUUAUCCCGGCGCAUCGUUCCAGAGGGUGGCCUCCGCAUUACGUAUUCUCAGUGUCAUGAUCAAGAUCUUUGGCAUUGAAGAAUUGCCCAUUCCCGAUGGCUUCACGUUCCGCCCAGAGUUCCCUUUCCGAAUUCCUAUCGCUACCGCUCGCAACGCCAAACUUCUCAUCGAUGUGCUGAUGAACCCCUACGAUCUGAAUCGAUCUUUGGCAUUCGAUAUUCUUUGCCAGUUCCCUAACCCCCUUCCUGGCCUCGAAGCCGUCCAUGAUGUGCAAAAUCUUCUUUGGUGGGGUCUCAACAACGUCGUCAGCACGAGAGCGGGCGAAAGUGACAGUGGCGCCAUGGUGUUCAGAUUGGUGUUCCGUAAAUAUGUUACCGAACUAGGAUUCGAUCUAUAUCCUGAACAAACAGGCGUUCAGCCCAAGAAAAGCUCGGACAAAACAUCGUCAGCAGCAGUGACAUUCACUCAGCGACUUUUGGAUUUGCUUGAAAAGCAAGUGAAUAUUGCCAAAACCAAUCUGUUGGUUGCCGCACAGCAACAUCCAAUGCACGGUACUUUGCUUGCUCUACAGUAUGUGAUCCGUGAAAUCGACUACAGGAGCCCUAGCGUCCGCAGCAACAUGCAUGAAUGGAAAGCGACUUUUACUCGCACAUUGGCAUUGAUUCAUACGGUUUGCAGCACCGUGAUGGACGUAUUAUCGAAUCCUUCACCGGAAGGCAACAUGCCAGCGUCGUUCCGUGAGAUGGAAGAAGCGAUUGAUGAGUUGGUGGAUGAGAACGACGAUGGUGAUUCAGGUCCUCGCCACCAAGUCAUUCUCAGCUGCUGCUGGCGUGCCGUCAAGGAAGCAAGUUCGUUGUUGGAAGUCAUUAUUUCUGAAGCUCCUGUAUCUCCUACAGCAACCGAGAAUUCAUUGCUUACGUAUGACGACCUGGUCACCAGUGGUAAUUUAUUCCGUACAUUGUUGACCUGUAUCCGUCACCGCGGAGCGUUUUCGGCCGUCUAUCCGGCUUAUGUGUCGCUCAACACGAGAUUGCUGAACUGGAAUGAACCUUCUAUUGCCCAACUUCCCUCCAAAUGGUUGGACGAAAACUUGGCUAGCUUGACGUCCAGCAACAUUUCCAUCACACGACGCAGUGCAGGCCUGCCGUUGUGUAUUUUAGCCAUCAUCAGCAGUGAAAAAUCGUCACGAAAGAUGUUGUUGGAGAGAACAAUGAAACAUCUACUGGAACUGGCCAGUGCCGAACCGCCCGUCGAUGCCGACCAGCGCAUUGAUCUUCCCCAAGUGCACGCAUACAAUAUCUUGCGAACUAUCUUUAUGGAUUCCAAGCUGGGUACAAGUGUCUUGGAAUAUGCUUCCGAUGGCUUUUCUCUCGCUAUCAAUGGUUUCUCAUCCUCGAGUUGGGCCAUCAGAAACUGUUCUGUCAUGUUGUUCUCUACACUACUUCAGCGCACCUUUGGUACCAAGAAGACGAGAGACGAACACAGUACCGUCAAUAAGCUCACCGGUCGUGAAUUCUUCACGCGCUUCCCAAAACUGUACCCUUACUUGCUCAAGGAAUUGACAGCUGCCGUCGAACAACUGUUGCAAAAUUCAAUGGCUGCCAGCAUUCACCCGGGUCUGUAUCCUAUCCUGACCCUCUUAUCGCGUAUGCAUCCUUCUGUGAUGGAUGGAUUUGACAAGGCGAUGCCCAUGUCCAAUUUCAUUCCUCUGGUGAUGUCUUGUGCAGCAAGUUCUAUUUACAAGACGCGAGAAAUGGCGGCUCGUGCUUUGGUUCCUUUGAUCCCUUUCACGAAAUUGGUGCCAACUAUUUCUGAAUUAUUGACCCUGGAUAAGGAUCAGUCUCAAAAUGAAAUUCAUGGACACCUGCUGCAGGUGCAAUUCUUGCUGAGAGGCCAUCUGUAUCACACAGAGAUUACUGAUGUCGUGACACAGUUUGUGAAAGAUGCGCCUCGUUCGUUCAUGAGGUUGUCAGAUACCGUGUUUUCCAACAAGCUAAGCAAUAUGACCAGCGCUCUUCUUCUGGAUAUUGUGGGCGAAUUUUUCUUCAGAUGUGCUUGGAUUCGCAGCGAUCAGCAAGUCAAGAUGCCAGAAUUGAAAGCAAUGGUGGAACAAGCUUUCCAACCUUUGAGACAGGUGUACUUUGAUCAAUGCAAUCAAACCAUUGCCCAGCGCUCUUCAGGCAUCCAUGGUGUUGGUGCUUACUUGCUGAAGCAAAUGAUGGCCAAUAUCAUCACGCUGACAGUCAUCAAACGUUAUCGUGAAGAUGUCGCUUUGACAGAUAUCCUCUACCUGCUCGACGACAACGAUUAUGAAGUUCGCCUUCAGACAAUGAAGAACUUGAAAGAAGCUCUGGACGAAACCAAAGAUGCCCAAGCGGCCUUUGAUGGAAUGCAGCAUCUUCAAUCCAAACUGGUUUCCAUGACCUAUGGCGGCGAACAGAGUCUCGAGUGCUAUGUGCUUACGGCCGACUUGCUGAUGUCACUCAGUGCGGUGGAUCCUUAUCCUGAACAGAGCAAUACCGGGCUCGAUUUCUCACUGCAGCAGUAUUGGGAUCAACUGGUUGUGCAGUUUACACAAAAACGGUCAUCGGCUGUUGCGGAAUCCGUCCUGCCAUUACUCGGAGCGGUCCUUGCGCAGAUCAUCAAGAGUUCAGCAGACCGACAAUGGAUCAAAGAGUGCAUCACCAUUUGGAGCGGCUUCAUCGUCAAAUACAGUCGUGAAGAUAUGCCUUUAUCUUUACGUGAGACAGUCGUUGAAUCGCUUCGUUUCGUGACCAAAGACUUGUUUGCAGAACAAGGCAACGUGGUGGAUGAUAAAACGCUCAUUUUGGUCAAGCAGUCGAUGAUUCAGCUUCUUCAGGAUGAUGAUAUUGAUGUAAGAGAUGCAAUGGCAAGCAUGGUAUCGGAUGCGCUCGAUUUGGUGUCUCCGGUCCAUCCUGAACGCGCAGUGGAGCUGGUGUAUCUGCAAUUGCAAAAGUCUUGCCAAGAUACAGCCAGUUUGCAAUCGACACUCAUGGAUACCUUGUGUGGCGAUCAAAAACUACGUAAGUCGACUACUCACUGCUAUAUUACGCUCGAGCGAAAAUGUCUCAUACACAGUAAAUGUAGAAAACGUCUGGAACGAAGAAAUUGCCCUUACAAAAGCAUUGUUUGCCAAAGAAGAUCCCAAUAUUUACAAAGAAGAGCUCAUUGA